AAAAAGUUCCUAUUUUUAAAUUUACGUUAUCUUAUUUGCAGGUGUGGAGCCACAACUGAUAUGUGGACCGAAAACUAUUCCAAAAAAUUUCACUACAUUGGUUUCACUAUCCAAUUUGCAAAUGAUGACUGGGAAAUGGAAGCUUACAUACUAGGGGUAAAAAAGUUUGCCUUCAAAUGUGCUACGGCAGAAAAUAUAAAGUUCUCAAUCAAAAAUUUUUUUAUUGAAGAACUUAAAGUUUUAGAGACGGAAUUUAGAAAGAUAGAAUUUGUUACCGAUAAAGGUCAGAAUAUGAUCAAAGCUUUGAGUGAGUUCAGUAGGUACGAUUGCAUGGCACACAUGUUAAACACUGUUCUCCAAACUACAUUCACACUCAUGUUUUAUGAACUGAGAAGUGUAGUAGAUGACAUUGAAAAGUCCCCCCAUUCCCGUAGUGUACUGAACACUGUAUCUACUGCAGUAAAAGCUGUAAAAGCUAUGAAGCUGACUGCAAAUAGUACUGACGUAGAUUUGGCAGAUCUAAAAAAGGCCUUAGACUUUGCUUUUCCUGCACGGCACUCCUACAUUAAACUCCUUUUGUCAUAUCUGGCAAACAAAGAAGAGGUUCACACAGUAUUGAGAGCUUUGGAGAAAGGUGAUGUUGUAGAUACAUUAUUGGCAUACGCUGAUGAUAUCCGCAGCAUCACGAUAAUUUUAAAGCCGAUCGAAGAAAAUGAAAGUGUCCCCUUAAAAAAACUCCAAACUCUCAGAACUGCCUACAAAAUAUUUAAAAAAGAUUCUCCACUGGUUCAGCACCUCAAAACGCUUCUUCUUGAAAAAUUGCAGCUAAUGGAUAACUUCGUCAUUGUCAACGAAUGCAAAGAGUUAGUACAUUAUGUGAGAUCGGCUGGUGGAGCCCACUUUGGUGAGCUGCGCUACACUCUGCAGCAGGAGUGUGAUACAAGGUGGAAUACAAUGUACAAUCUGCUGAUGUCGGUGCACCGUGUAUACGACGAAUUACUUGUUAUGCUGCAAGAAAAGGGACAAGCUAAAAAAAUGGAUAACAUUGGCAAGGAAGACCUCCAAACUAUGUUGGAGUUUUUGGAGCCAUUCAAGGAAGAGACGAAAAAGAUCCAGGGGAAGAAAUAUCCAACAUUGCCUCUUGCUUUGCUUUCCAUUACUAGGCUCACGGACCAUUGUGAUUCUAACUUUGAGGAUUCACAUACACUAUCGAUGCUCAGAGCGCGCUGUCUCCGCCUUCUAAAAGAGAAAAUAGAAGUGAAGAUGAGGUACAAAGUGGCUCUCUUUUUGUGGCCUCCUUACAAAGAGUUGGCCAUGCUGCACCCCGACGAAAUAAGCGAGGUGCACGAAAUGGUGCGCUCAAUGUUACGGUCCUAUGAGGUCCAUCGGAUGGAUACUGUCGCCAAUGAGCCUGCUGGAGAAGGAGAACCCGACGACCCUGCACCACUGCCACCUCCCUCUUUACCCAAACAAAGACAACUAGAAAAGGGGUAUGAGAGGUAUCGCAUGAAAAGUGUACAACUCCCAGUCCACGCAGACGAGGUCGACAAAUAUGUCGAAAUGGCGCCUCUGAAUGUAAAGCUGGAAGAUCUCCUCAAAUGGUGGCAAUCCAUGUCAGGGCCAGAUGAGUUGCCUAAGCUUGCUUUGCUAGCAAGAAGGGAACUACCAAAGAACCUAACCAGUGCCCACAGUGAGACAGUUUUCAGCGAUUGUGGGUGGAUCAAAAAUGAAAGAAAAUCCAACAUGAGUCCAGAGACACUGGACGCCGUGGUUUUCCUUCACGACUAUAACAAGCAAAAUGAGAAAAAGGAAUCCUAAUGUUAUUCCAGCAAAACUAAAGAUUUUUUUUUAUCCGCUAUAAUUUUCUAGUCUUUUUUUCUAGCUAUUAUUUUCUAGUCUUUUUGUCCUAACCAUUAUUUUCUAGUCUUGUGAUUACAUAGUACAAAGUAAAAUAUUUUGUAAAAAUGAUUUUUUUGUUAAAAUGUCACAAUUAGAAAAAAUUGACUGCAUGACUGAAUAUUUGUUAUAUUUAGUGACCACUGAUAAUAAAAUCAAUGCAAUUUCUAAAUGUUCCCUUUUAUGCAGCUGCACCUGUCUGGGCGACAAAUUCCCUUUCUUUGACGUUUGAAAGAAAUAUAAAGUGACAUGUUAACUCAAAAUCAGAUACGCUCUGCGCUCCAUUAUUUUUGAAAGCCAGAACCUCACAUUUUCGACCUUAUGUUUGGGGGGGGGCGGUGUAUUUGAUGGCGGUAUAGUCAAAGACGAUACAUUUAUCCUUUGUACGAACGUACCUCUAAUAGCAACUGGAAGUCGACGGCAGUUACGGGAUCCUCCCGUGCCUCCAGACCCGCGCUCUGGCACUGAGACCAUUUCCCGAUGGUUUCAAGCAAAGUGGCGGGAACGGUUUUCCCUUCCCCCUCUCCUCCGCCUUUCCGUGCCGCCAGCAGGCUAGCAGUCCCUCCGCGCUCCCCCUCUCCGUUCCACCCAGCCUGACGUCACCGGGUUGUCGGGCCGACCCGCCGGCUCGACAACCCGACAAAAAGUUACCGAGCGGGCGAGCGGACCGCACUGGCUUGUCGAGCGAGCGGACACGGCCCGACAACGCUCUGCGCUCCGCGCCCACUUUAGCCCGACAGCCCGCUCGAUACAGGUCUCU